AUGGUUCUCUUUUUUAAAUGUGAACUUGUUCAUCCUCCUUACAUUAUAUAUAUGGGCGAAGAUAAGCAUGAAAACGACGAGCUCAUACGUUGGGGAUGGCCUGAAGACAUCUGGUUUCACGUGGAUGCCUUGUCAUCUGCCCAUGUUUAUUUACGACUCAAAGAAGGGGAAUCACUCGACGAUGUUCCUGACGCAGUUAUACAAGACUGCGCUCAAUUAGUCAAGGAAAACAGUAUUCAGGGAAGCAAACUUAAUGAUGUUACUGUAGUGUACACAAAAUGGGAGAACUUGAAAAAAACUAACGAUAUGGAUGUUGGCCAAGUUGGUUUCCACAACAAUAAAGCAGUUCGAAAAAUUGUAGUUGAAAAACGAAUCGGAGAUAUUAUCAAACGACUCAACAAGACAAAAGAGCAACGUCAACAGCUUGACUUACGUGGCGAGCGGGAAGAACGAGAUAAUCGUAUGAGAAACAAAGAGAAAGCUGCCCUGGCUGCGCGUAAAAAAGCUGAAGAGGAAGCUCAAAAAGCACGCUUAGCUGAAGCACAAAAACGGUCUUACGACCGAUUAUUUGUUGAGAGCAAGAUGAGAACGAACGAAGAUGGCUACGACUCAGAUGAUUUCAUGUGA